AUGUUUCCUCACUGGACACGGUCCUUGAGCUCCUGAAAGAUGCUUUCAACUGCAUCAGCCACUGCCCUCCCGGCGCGCUCUACAGCCAGCUCUGCCAGCUCCUGGCUCUGGCCAUGGGGAACCAGGACCCCCUCUCCACCGCGUACCUGCUCUCCGAGUCGGUCUCCGUCACCACUCGCCAUCAGCUGCUCAGCGUCAUCCACAGAAAGAUUCACAAAGAGAAGAAGUCGGCAGGUGACGUGGCCGAGCAGCUCCACGGGCUCUCCUUGCAGGAGGGGAGCGCUGCCCAACGCUGCCACCACCUCACCGAGCUCCAGAGACUCUUCGUGUUCAGCUCCGCAGGGCUGGGGUCUGGGGAGCAGGAUGGCUUCCGGACGCAGCUGCAGCAGAUCCCCAGCGGGGUGACUGUGUGUGUGUUGACCCUUGCCAACAUCCAGCCUGGCUCCGCGGGGGACACGCUGCUUCUGACGCGAUUGGAGAAGGACACCGCUCCUGUGAACAUCCGCAUCCCCACCGCGCUCGAUAAGGCCCCGCUGCGCUCGGUGCUGAGUGACUUCGAUGCCAUCCAGAAAGAGCAGAAGGAAGCAAACGGUUGUACAGACAAACAAAACUGGUGGCUGCGCCGCUCCGAGCUGGACCGCAGGAUGAAGAGCCUCAUUGAGACCCUGGAGACGCAGGUGCUGGGCUGCUGGAGGGGGGCCCUGAUCCCCACCGGCCCCGAGCCCGCUCUGGCAGAGGAAGCUUCCGACUUUCACCCGUUUCCCGCAGCUCCGCCAGUGGUGCUGAACGCCGCUCCCCUCCUGACCCACCAUGAUGUGCAAGCCCUGGCCUUCGGCCUCUGCCCCGCGCAGCCCCGCAAGGCUCAGCUCCUCUUGCAGGAAGCGGUGGAGAAGUGGAAAGCCUGCGCCAAGCAGACCGGCAGCUCCCUUGUCCUGGUUCUGGAUAAGCACCUGCAGAAGCUGCCCUGGGAGAGCAUGGCGUGCCUGAAGGCUGUGCCCGUAACCAGGCUCCCUUCCCUGCGCUUCCUGCUCAGCUACUCCCUGGGACAGGAGCAGCGGGCAGGGUCCGUGCUGAGCCGUGGCGUGAACCCCAGCAGCACCUUCUACGUCCUCAACCCCCACAGCAACCUCCUGGGCACCGAGGAACGAUUUCGGGGCUGGUUUGAGAG